CAAGCCUUCUGCCUUCCCCAUCCCCGGGUUUUACUCUGUUAUUCCCAAAACCGAUCUUCCCCUCCUUCAUCUCACACACCCACUUCCCAACCUUCAAAUUAAAGCACUACCCACUUCAUAGAUUCUCUCUCUCUCGCUCUUAUCAUUUCUUCUGGGUUAGAUUUUUGUGCCUUUUGUGGGUUCUAAAGAGGAAACCCUAAAAGCCAUUAGAAGAGUGAAACCCUAGCUGAAGCUGAAACUGAAGUUUGGAAGGAGAGAGGGUAGUGUUUACAUCAGUCUGGUUGGCUAUCAUGGAUAUCGCUUUUACCUUAACUUUAACGCUAGCCGUUUUAGUAAUUCCUUCGGUUUCUUCGAAUUCCGAAGGGGAUGCUCUCUACACGCUACGGAGGAGUUUGUCUGAUCCGGAUAAUGUUCUCCAGAGCUGGGAUCCAACCCUUGUUAACCCUUGCACCUGGUUUCACAUCACCUGCAAUCAGGACAAUCGGGUUACUAGAGUGGACCUUGGCAAUUCCAACUUAUCUGGGCACCUGGUAUCUGAACUUGGGAAGCUUGAACAUCUGCAAUAUUUAGAGCUCUACAAAAACAACAUUCAAGGGACAAUACCAGUUGAGCUCGGUAAUCUGAAGAGCCUGAUUAGUUUGGACUUGUAUAACAACAAUAUUUCAGGAAUUAUUCCUCUGUCUUUGGGAAAGUUGAAGUCUUUAGUGUUCUUGCGGCUUAAUGACAAUCAUUUAACUGGGAAAAUACCAAGGGAUCUAGCUACCGUUUCCAGCCUCAAAGUUGUAGAUGUCUCAAACAACAAUCUUUGUGGGACAAUUCCAACCACUGGGCCAUUUGAGCACAUUCCCCUGAGCAACUUUGAGAACAACCCGCGGCUGGAAGGUCCAGAGUUACAAGGACUAGCAACUUACGACACGAAUUGCUCAUGAAAGAUGGGUGACAUAGUAACUAAUGACUGUACCUUGUGUCAAAUUGGUUUCCACUGUACUAAAAUAUGGACGGGAUAUUCAUUCCUUAUGAUAUAUAUGGGUUUGGUGGGUUUGGUGGUAUAUGUAGUAUCUCAUAACAAUGUAUAAAUCCUUGUUCACUCCAAAUCAACUGACUUGCAUUUGUAAUUGUAGUCACUUUGCCUUCUAGAUUAUAAUGUCACCUACUUUUCUAUGUUAUGCUAUGAAA